AUGGUGCAGCAGUACGACAUGAUCCAGCACCUGGACGGACAGCCCCUGCAGUCGAUGAUCAAGCACAAGCCCAGCGGCCGCUUCCUCUUCCACAUGGUCUACUGGAACCGCAAGCAGAUCCGCGAGACGGAGAGGAUCAGCGCGCUGUAUGCAGAAGCUGACGCCGCCGCGCUGGCGGCGGCCCGCGCGGCCGGCAAGGCGUGA